AUGAUGGCUGCUCAAGAAAUGUACGGCUUAUUGGCGAAGAGUAACAGCAUUGAAGCACCUGCUGAAUACACAUUUAUCGAGACCGAAACACCCUUAGUAUCGGGCGAAAAAAAACCGGUCGAAUCCAUAAAAAAUGAAGAAACCGUUUCAAAGAAUGAGGAAAAGGAUGAGCUAUUGGAACUGAUAAAUUCGGGCGAUGAAAGUAUAAGUAAACUUUUCGUGCCACAAACACUGGAAUAUACCAUCUUCUCGAUGGACUUAGACGGUGACCAGCAGUGUAUUUUGACGUUGCGUGGUCCGAAUGAAAUCAAAAAUUCCUUCUGUGGAUUUGGACGCACCGAAAAAGACGCCAAAAAUUGGGCAGCACGAAAUGCGCUGACACAUUUGGAACUUUUUCUUCGAAACAGUGCAUUGUUCCCAGCCAAAGAUGCGCAAAAAGAGAAACCACCAAGUGGAAGUCAGCAAAAACCACCAGCAACAACAACGAAACCAACUCCAGGCCGAUGUCUUCUAACAGAUCUAUAA